CAGCAACGGGCAUUGCAAUGCCUGCUGCAGCGCUGGGCAUGGCAACGCCGGCAGCAGCGACGGGAAGAGCGAAUCCAGCAGAAGCAAAAGGCAUGGGAAGCCCUGCAGAAGGAGCUGGCCUGGAUAAUCGAGCGGCGAAAACAGGAAUUUCAAGAAGAGUGGAAGCGACGGGCACGGGCCAUGGAGAAGCAGCGGGAGAUAUGGGAAGUCGCAAAGCAGAUGCGGUUGCAGGAAAUGCAGCAGCAGGCGAGGGAAACCUGGCAGUAGCGCCGGGGGUGGGAAAUCCAGCUGCAGCGCCGGGGGCGGGCAAUCCAUCAGCAGCGGAGGCGAACAUGACAUAUCUAGAGGAGGAAGAGGAGGCGGAGGAAGAGGAGGUAGAACAAAUGACAUACUCAGUGGCAGGGGGGAGCGUGACAUAUCCAGCGGUGUCGGUGGGCGUGACAUACCCAGCAGUGGCCACGGGCAUACCUUAUCUAACACUGGCAAAGAGCAAGACAAAUUCAGUGGCGACGACUACGACGAGCAUGACAAAUUCAAUGGCGGCGGGAGACAUGGCAAUCACGGCGGCGGGCCAGCAGGGAAUAAUUAGCAGAGUGACAGAAAUGGUGAAAAGUAUUGUACCGGCGUGGCUGCAGAAGUAUUUCAAUAAGCGUGAGAAUGAGUGUGCAGCUGCAAAUAAAUCUGCAAACCAGGCGGCGACUCCAGUAAACCAGCAUCAUAAUUACGCAGAUGGAGGUACCCUAAAUGAUGGGAGAUACAUGCCUGAACGAGCGACACUUAAUAGACAAGAACCAUCCACAAGUAGCUCAGCACUGAACUACCCAGUUGCCUUAACAAGGCCCGCUCUUCAUCGGAGCCAUUUGAAUUAUACCAUGUCGGAUUCUUCUGUCCCACCUUCUCAGCCCACGACAUCUUCAAUAUUUGGCAUUGGCAGUCCUGGACUCUCUUUCAUAAAAGAAAUCAAAGAUUCUACCUCUCAACAAGACAAUGACAACAUGUCAAGAACCGGUGGCUUCUCCUCUAGAGCAUCUGACAAAGAUGUUGGAGUUUUAAAAAAUACUUCUUCAUCACUGCUCUGGACCACAGAAGCUGAUAGAACUCAUUCCCUCUCGCAGCAUUCUGCAGCUAGCUCUAAGAAACCUGCAUUCAGUUUAUCUGCUUUUGGAGGAAUGUUUCCUGCACGCGGAAGCACAUCUGACUGUAAGAAAAACCAGCCUGGGUAUUCUCCAUUUUACCCUGGAAAGACUGUCUAUGGUGGUGCAGCUGGAAAAUCAAAGCCGUUGAUGAUAGAACCUUAUCGGGUACAAAUGAGAAGGAGAGUUAGGCAAGAAAAAGUGCAGUCCCACGCUACCUUAAGUACCGCAGCACGGUGCAUCUUGGAGGCACUGGAGAAGCUGUCAAGCCCUUUGAUGGAUGAUGAAAAAAUGCCACCUCUUUUGCCGCUGAGUUCUCCUCCAGACAUAGAUGAACUGAAUAUUCCUGACCUUCAGCCCAAACGAAGAAAGCUGGACUCCCAGAAUGAGUCCCCGCAUCCACCUGUAAAGAGACUUGUGAAACCAAGGUUAAACCUUCAUUCAAUGCGUCGGGUCCGGUAUUCUAAACCAGCAAAGACUUCAACUCCUGAUUCCAGCAAAAUUUGCAACAGAGUAGACACAAAGUACUAAAUCCACAGCUCUACUUGGAUGUUGAUGAAAUGAACAGACAAGUUUAUGGAGACAAGCGAAGAACUCUACGAUUCACUCAUGAAUUGUCACUGGCAACCUCUGGAUACGGUCACUUCUGAAAUCCCCUCUGCUAUUUAAGUGUCUUAUAUAGCAUGACCGUUAUGACCAAGGUGCUAAAACUACAUUUCUUCUACGUUAUUCUAGCUCAUAAGUUUUAAAGCACAAUGAUAGGUUGGGUUUUUUUUGCUAUGCUUUUGACAGUUUCUGUAAUCUUUUUGUUCAUCACUCUCUUCUUCAUGUAAAUAUUCUAGAAAUGUAAAGAGUUAAAUGGGGUCUAAAGAUAGACUUGCCUGUGUAAAUAAAAAUUUGUUUCUGCAAA